AUGCGCUCUCUCCAGCUGCCACUCAGGGCUGGCCCUGCUGCCCUGCUCCUGGUCCUGUGCCUGCAACUGGGAUUCAACAAAGCUCUGGAAAACCCUCGGAAAGUGAUGAAUUUUGAUGUGGAUUUCCCACAGAGAGCAAGAGCAAAUGAAGAAGUCACUUUGAAACUGAAAGUUCAAACAGAACUGAGAGAAUGCAUGGUGGUUAAAGCUCACCUCCAAAGCAACCCCCAAAUAGAAGGUCCCUUCAACUACAAAUUUACCCGCUGUCUCUGUGAAGAUCCAGUAACCUUCUUCUGGGACUUUCAGACCAACAGGACUGCAAAAAUUGCAAUAGUGGUUGACAUAAUUAAUGAGAAAAAUAUCUGUGUUGAAGAUAUUUCAGUGGUUCCCAAUGAAGCAAACCGAUAUUAUACUGUGCGUACCCUGUUCAUAGGUUAA